UUCUUCUUUUUUUUUUAAUCACUGCAACUGGAACAGUUUCUGAUCUCAAAAGGCAAACCUCUCUUCUCGUGUGCUUUAUAAUCUACACUCUUUUCCGUGAGCUUUCUUACCUCCCUGUUUUUAUAUCUCCAUAUUCUUUAUUCACACAUAGAUCCAUUAUAUUAGUAGUGGAAUUAUCUUUAUUUUUUUUUUUUUUUCCUUUUGGCUUUAGUAUUCACACCCUCACACACACGCUCCUGAGAACCAGAAGUCGGUUGGGUGUUUAUAUAAUGAAGAAUUAUGGGGCUGUUUGAUCGAGGUGUUCAAAUGCUUUUAACCACCGUUGGUGCUUUCGCUGCCUUCAGUCUGAUGACCAUAGCUGUGGGGACCGACUAUUGGCUCUACUCCAGAGGGGUUUGCAAGACCAAAAGUGUCAGUGAGAAUGAAACCAGCAAAAAGAACGAGGAAGUUAUGACCCAUUCUGGAUUAUGGAGGACCUGCUGCCUAGAAGGGAACUUCAAAGGGCUGUGCAAGCAAAUCGAUCACUUCCCGGAGGACACGGACUACGAAGCAGACACGGCAGAGUAUUUCCUCCGGGCCGUGAGGGCCUCCAGCAUCUUCCCGAUCCUGAGUGUGAUCCUGCUUUUCAUGGGCGGCCUCUGCAUAGCAGCCAGCGAGUUCUACAAGACCCGCCACAACAUCAUCCUCAGCGCUGGCAUCUUCUUCGUGUCUGCAGGUCUCAGCAACAUCAUCGGCAUCAUCGUGUACAUAUCGGCCAACGCCGGGGACCCGUCCAAGAGCGACUCCAAAAAGAAUAGCUACUCGUACGGCUGGUCCUUCUACUUCGGGGCGCUGUCCUUCAUCAUCGCCGAGAUGGUCGGGGUGCUGGCCGUGCACAUGUUUAUCGACCGUCACAAACAGCUGCGGGCCACGGCCCGCGCCACGGACUACCUCCAGGCCUCGGCCAUCACGCGCAUCCCCAGCUACCGCUACCGCUACCAGCGCCGCAGCCGCUCCAGCUCGCGCUCCACCGAGCCCUCGCACUCCAGGGACGCCUCGCCCGUGGGCAUCAAGGCCUUCAACACGCUGCCGUCCACCGAGAUCUCCAUGUACACCCUCAGCAGGGACCCGCUGAAGGCUGCCACCACGCCCACCGCCACCUACAACUCGGACAGGGACAACAGCUUCCUCCAGGUCCACAACUGUAUUCAGAAGGAGAGCAAGGACUCUCUCCACGCCAACACAGCCAACCGUAGGACCACCCCCGUAUGAAGACCGUGGGACCCGGGAAGGACCCCCGGGAUGCUUGGGCCCAAGGGCAGGGGAAAGUUGGGGGGGGGGGGAGAGGGA